AGUUCAGCCAUUUUGUAAGAAAAUCCACCAGGUCGGCCGCCCUCCUCCCUCCGCCUCAGACCCGCGCUCUGUACUGUGCAAUGGACGGCCGCCUUAACGCUGAUCUGUACCCCCUGGGAUCCGGCUACGUCCCUGAGAUUGGUGUCCAUGACAUAUCAGUUGGCACAAAGAGGGGAUCUGAAGAACUCUUUUCUUCCUGCAUAGCAAACGGGCCCUAUAUCAUGAGCUCAGCCAAUGGCAACGACAGCAAAAAGUUCAAAGGUGACAUCCGGAGCCCGGGUGUGCCUUCCCGGGUCGUUCACCUGCGUAAGCUGCCCAACGACAUCAACGAGACCGAGGUGAUCGGGCUCGGCCUGCCCUUCGGCAAGGUCACCAACCUGCUGAUGCUGAAGGGGAAGAACCAGGCGUUCCUGGAGCUGAACAGCGAGGAGUGCGCCCAGACCAUGGUGAGCUACUACUCCUCCGUCACCCCCCUGAUCCGGAACCACCCGGUCUACGUCCAGUACUCCACCCACAAGGAGCUGAAGACCGACAACUCUCCUAACCAAGUGCGCGCCCAGGCAGCCCUGCAGGCCGUGAACGCCCUGGACGGGGAGGUGGUGGGCGACAUGGGGUGCCCCCUGUCCCAGAGUCCCGUGCUCAGAAUCAUCGUGGACAACCUGGUGUACCCCGUCACCCUGGAAGUGCUCUACCAGAUCUUCUCCAAGUUCGGGGUCGUGCUGAAGAUCAUCACCUUCACCAAGAACGGCCAGUUCCAGGCUCUGCUGCAGUACGCCGACGGCAUGGCCGCCCAGCACUCUAAACUGUCCCUGGACGGGCAGAACAUCUACAACGCCUGCUGCACGCUGAGGAUCAGCUUCUCCAAGCUCACCAGCCUCAACGUCAAGUACAACAACGACAAGAGCCGGGACUACACCCGGCCGGACCUGCCCACCGGAGACUCCCAGCCCCCCAUGGACCACCAGGCCAUGGCCGCCGCCUUCGGCAUGGGCACGCUGCACGCCGCUCCAGGACUCAUCUCCGCCUCUCCUUACGGCGGAGCCCACGGCUUCCCACACGGCUUCGCCAUCCAGCAAGGUCUGUCCAUGGCGGGCAUCCCAGGCGCCCUGGCGUCCAUGGGCGUCCACGGGCACGGAGGCAUGGCAGCUGCAGCGGCCGCUGCCAAUCGUCUCAGCCUAUCAGGGCUCACCGCCGCUGGGGGCCACAACGUCCUCCUGGUCAGCAACCUGAACCCAGAGAGCGUUACGCCACACUGCCUCUUUAUUCUUUUCGGCGUGUAUGGCGACGUGAUGAGGGUCAAGAUCCUGUUCAACAAGAAGGAGAACGCUCUGAUCCAGAUGUCUGACGGGACCCAGGCUCAGCUAGCCAUGAGUCACCUGAACGGCCAGCGGCUGCACGGGCGGGCCAUGCGCGUCACCCUGUCCAAGCACACCACGGUGCAGCUCCCCCGGGAAGGCCACGAGGACCAGGGCCUGACCAAGGACUACAGCACCUCCCCGCUGCACCGCUUCAAGAAGCCCGGCUCCAAGAACUACUCCAACAUCUUCCCCCCCUCCGCCACGCUCCACCUCUCCAACAUACCGCCCGCUGUGGUGGAGGAGGAUCUCAGAGGACUGUUCGCCAGCUCAGGAUCCACCGUCAAAGCCUUCAAGUUCUUCCAGAAGGACCGCAAGAUGGCUCUGAUCCAGAUGGGCUCAGUGGAGGAGGCCAUCGAGUCCCUCAUCGAGUUCCACAACCACGACCUGGGAGAGAACCACCACCUCCGGGUGUCCUUCUCCAAGUCCACCAUCUAGCACCCCCCUGUCCCCGACCUUCACCCAAGUGCCCUUACUUUAACCCCCACCGGGCCGCGUCUCUGUCCUGGUCUCCAGAUGGACCUCCGUCGGGACGGGGCGUUGGUCUCACGCUCAGUGGCUCGUUGUUUCAGGGCCUUGCUCGCGGCCCUUCAUCCCGCUCUAACUCUUGUGAUUGGUCAACCAGUCGAGUCUGAAGUGGGAGGGAGGCGGGCAACGGUCUGUGACAACGCGCCCGGGGGGGGGGGGGGGGGUUAAGUAGGGUUGGUUGAUAGACUGUCACUUUAGACCAAAACGCUUUAGAACGACACCAUCCACCACGUACGUCUGUGGACGAAGCAGAUCCACGCUAGACACACUUCAGCAUUCCUUGGCUAGACCCGUGAUCCUUAUAGUAGAUACUAUACACAUCUAUGUGUGCCUUUAUCGAUAUGCCACUUCUCACAACUAUUUGGCCAGUCUGAGGGAGUUUGGGACAGUGGGUUUUAUUUUUUGGUUCGCGGACCAUCCAACUUUUUAUUUAGUUUGAUCCAACAUCCAUUUUAUAUGAAAUUGUAGCUUCUUCGUGUUAAUAUCCCCCCACAGCUGUUUGGGGAACCAAGACCACUAUAUCACCUCGUAGAUACUUAACAGAGGAAGUGCAUCUCUUUCUCUAACCCGGUGCCUUACCUCGCUGUGGCCAGAACGCCUCCAGCAUCAGCAGGCUUCAAGUAGAAGUGUGAAGGCCACCCAGUGUUGGCCGUGCCUCUCAAAAUACUCCCACCGUUUCCUUGGUAGAGGAUGGCUGGCUGCAUCACAUCCUUGUUCUUUUGUUUACUGAAGAAUCAGAAAUACUUGGGUCAUUUGAAGAAAAAUACGCAUAUAUAUUCCCCCAAAUUAAAUGUAUUUAGAAACUUGUGAAUUUAAUUCAAAUAGAUGCAAAUCCUAUAUCUUUAAUUGCUGUAGUUUAUUGUUGGGGUGUGUGUGGGGGAGGAGUGGCUGUCCUUGGCCCUGGUUCUUUUAAAGUCUGUUUAUCUCUGGGCCGAGCACACCGAGGCCUUGGUCUACACGCCCCCACCAA